CUCUCAGACUGGGAGAUUGUCCUGGAGAUCAGCAAUGUCUCCUCUGACCUCAACCACAAGGACUUGACGUGCCGGGCAGAGAACGCAGCGGGGCCGGCAGAGGACAGCGUGAUGCUGAACGUCACCUUUCCCCCCGAGAUCCUGCUGCUAGACAAAGCCAUCCCCAGGCAUUCCUGGUGCAUCCCCUUCUCCGUGAAAGGCAACCCCAUGCCCAGCAUCCACUGGCUCUUCAACGGCACGACCCUGGUCGAGGGGCUCUACAUCCACACCCUCAUCAUGGAGUACGAGCACAACUCCAGCGUCCUCCACGGCUGCCUCCAGCUCAACCGUCCCACCCAUGUCAACAACGGCAACUACACCCUCGUGGUCCGCAACACCCUGGGCUCGGCUGCGAGCAGCGUCCAGGGGCGCUUCAUGGACAAUCCCUUCAGCUUCAGCCCUGAGGAGCCCAUCCCCGUGUCUCUGUCCCCACUGGGCACCAGGAACAGCUCGCUGGAGGGGCCUGUGGAGACAAUGGAUGAGCACACGUUUGGGGUCUCAGUGGCUGUGGCGCUGGCUGUGUUCGCCUGCCUUUCCCUCUCUGUCAUGCUCAUCCUGCUCAACAAGUGCGGGCGCCGGUCCAAGUUUGGCAUUAACCGCUCAGCGGUGCUGGCCCAAGAGGAUGACCUGGCCAUGUCCCUGCACUUCAUGAACCUGGGCAGCAGCCCCCUUUCCUCGGCGGAGAGCAAACUGGAGGGGCUGAAGAGCAACUUCAUCGAGAACCCCCAGUACUUCUGCAACGCCUGCGUGCACCACGUGCAGCGGCGGGACAUCGUGCUGAAGUGGGAGCUGGGCGAGGGCGCCUUUGGGAAGGUUUUCUUGGCCGAGUGCUACAACCUCCUCCCAGAGCAGGAGAAGAUGCUGGUGGCUGUGAAGGCGCUGAAGGAGAUGACGGAAAGCGCCCGCCUGGAUUUCCAGCGUGAAGCCGAGCUGCUGACGGUGCUGCAGCACGAGCACAUCGUCAAGUUCUACGGCGUAUGCACCGAGGGCGAGCCCCUCAUCAUGGUCUUUGAGUACAUGAAACACGGCGACCUCAACCGCUUCCUCAG